AUGUCGCUGCCACGAUACCAAACAAACACUCCUCUCCAUCCUACUUUCAAGGAUGAUAUCCUCAACACCCAUCUAGUCUACGACUACGACGCCACAGACGCAGACGGCAACCCAGAAAAAUGGCGCUAUGAAAUCUGGUUCUUCUCCGAAAACCGCGUCGUCUACGCCAUUCACGGCGGUCCCAUGGCUGGCCGCAUCAACUACCAGACCGUAGCCUACCAAUGCAUUCGUGCAGGCGAGUUAUGGCAGAUCAACUGGCUGGAGGAGACUGGAACCAUCGUUUCCCUGGUCUACGACAUCACCAACAAGACCAUUAGCGGUAUGCUGGGCUUUUCCAAGGGCCAUUGGGAGCAUGCAGAGGAUGCGCAUGGUGAUAAGCGCAAUCCUCAGGAUUUCAAUAGGUGGAAGGAACUUGCUUCAAUUGGAAAGCAGACUGACAGGUUCAUCUUGACGGAGCAGGCGCAUAUUCUCGAGGUCUUCAAGGGACAGGGUGACCUGAAGCCUAUCAAGGAGUCAGAUCCUACAUUUUGA